GGGUUAGCACAACUGAUCAUGUGAAGUGGAUUAAAAAUGUCGCCCGGUGUCAAGGAAUAACGCGUAUUUCAUCGUGGUUCGUGUGAUCGAGUUAUGCUGUAGGAAAAAAAACAUAAAGAACAACAGGGGCAGUGAUAUGGCUGCUGACGACAAAUCCGUGUCAUCCUCGUCCACGCUGGACUGGAACGUCGAACCGCCAUUGUCUCCCACCAGCCCCUCUCACCUGACUCACUUCAAACCCCUCACCCCGGAUCAGGAUGAGCCCCCACUGCGGUCGGCCUACAGCUCCUUAGUCAGCCUUUUCCGCUUUAACAGAGAAAAGUCAGGUGCAAACAUUGCACCAGCAAAAAAGCUUGAGGAAGGUCGGCCUCCUUCAGCGGCGGAGAAGUCCGAGUCUGCUGCACCGUCGCCACAGGGCGAGCGCCGCACAUGGGCCAGUUCCUCGCUGAACACACAUGGCACCGGGACACACAGGAAACACUCCGACCUGGUCAGGAGAACAUCUACAGCCUCAGAGGGACGACGAAAGUCCGAGACUCCGCUUGGGAGCCAUGACCCACGCACCGCAGUCCAACUCCGUACUGCUCUGAAGAGGCUGAAGGAGAUCAUGGAGGGAAAGAGCCAGGACAGCGAUCUGAAGCAGUACUGGAUGCCGGACAGCCAGUGUAAAGAGUGCUACGAUUGCAACGAGAAGUUUACAACAUUCCGACGGCGCCACCACUGCCGUCUGUGUGGGCAGAUAUUCUGCAGCCGCUGCUGCAAUCAGGAGAUCCCCGGCAAAUUCAUGGGAUACACAGGUGAUUUGCGGGCAUGCACAUACUGUCGGAAGAUUGCGCUGAGCUACGCGCACUCUGCUGACUCAGCGUGUAUCGGAGAAGAUCUGACCGCGCUGUCAGACUCGCCGUGCUCGGUGUGUGUGCUGGAGCCCACGGAGCCUCGUACACCCGUCGGCACACGCAAAGCCAGCCGCAACAUCUUCCUGGAGGAGGACUGGCAAAGAAAAACUCCUAUUGGGAUGAGGAAGAAUUUGAUUCAUCCAGAGUCUCAAAAUAGUGGACUCAACUCUAGAUUGUCUGCAGUGCAGGAAGAUCUGGGCAAAUCACCAGCACGAAAAAGAUCAGCUAGUGUGACCAACUUAUCCCUGGAUCGUUCAGGGUCCAUGGUUCCAUCCUACGACAGUUCGGUGAGCCCCCAGUCCAGCCGAGUGGUGCCCAAACCCGACUACAGCGAAGAGGAGCAGCGCAAGAUCCUCCUGGAUUCAUCUCACUUAAAAGACUUAUGGAAAAAAAUCUGUCACAGCAAUACCGGGAUGGAGUUCCAGGACCACCGAUAUUGGCUACGUACCUACCCCAAUUGCAUUGUGGGUAAAGAUCUAGUAAACUGGCUCUUGCGAAAUGGCACCGUUUCUAAUAGGGCUCAGGCCAUAGCUAUCGGACAGGCUCUGGUUGAUGGACGCUGGCUUGAAUGUGUUACGCACCACGAUCAGAUUUUCCGUGAUGAGUACGCUCUGUACCGCCCUCUUCAGAGCACAGAGUUCUCAGAGACUCCGUCCCCAGACACGGACAGUGUGACUUCUCUGGAGGGACACUCGGAACCAUCUUGGUUCAAAGACAUAAAGUUUGACGACAGCGACACAGAGCAGCUAGCUGAUGAAAAUGACUUAAUAACAACAAGCUCAGCCAGUCCCAGCAAAAGGACAUCUGUCAGCAGUUUUCAUUCGGCAGUGGACAGUGAUUCAGCGUCCAUUAACCUGAACGUGGAGCAGGACAACGUCAACUUCCACAUCAAGAAGCAGGCCAAGUACCCUCACGUGCCUCCCCACCCGGCCGAACAGAAAAGUAUGGCGCACUCUGACCCAUUCGCCCCUGACUCUGACUUCCACGCCCCAACCGAGGUCCUCGUCACAGAAGACGGCGGUCAGCUUUUAUCCAUUAGUGACGCCUUUAUCAAAGAGUCUUUGUUUAACCGGCGUGUAGAAGAGAAGGCUAAAGAAAUGCUCUUCACUCCACUGGGUUGGCACCACAGCUCCCUAGACCAACUGAGGGAGGAGAAUGGCGAGAAGAAGGCUAUGGAGAGACUUCUAUCGGCCAACCACAGUCACAUGAUGGCUUUGCUGCAGCAGCUGCUUUACAGUGAGUCGCUCUCUCUCUCUUGGCGAGACAUCAUCGUACCCGUGGUCCGGCAGAUAGUGCAGACGGUGCGUCCAGAUGUUCGCAGCUGCAACGAUGACAUGGACAUUCGCCAGCUGGUCCACAUUAAGAAGAUCCCGGGAGGAAAGAAGUUUGACUCGGUCUUGGUGAAUGGCUUUGUUUGCACUAAAAAUAUUGCUCACAAAAAGAUGAACUCUUAUAUCAAAAAUCCCAAGAUCCUUCUUCUCAAGUGUUCCAUUGAGUAUCUUUACAGAGAAGAGACAAAGUUCACCUGCAUUGACCCAAUUGUGCUUCAGGAGCGAGAGUUUCUGAAGAACUACGUGCAACGAAUAGCAGAUGUGCGUCCUAACCUGGUGCUGGUAGAGAAGACGGUGUCGCGCAUUGCUCAGGAUAUGUUGCUCGAGCAUGGCAUCACUUUAGUCAUCAAUGUCAAACCUCAAGUGCUUGAUCGUGUGAGUCGAAUGACUCAGGGAGAUUUAGUCAUGUCUAUGGACCAGCUUUUGACCAAACCUCGCUUGGGAACAUGCCACAAAUUCUACCUUCACUCAUUCCAGUUAAACACUAACAAUGAACUGAAAACACUAAUGUUCUUCGAUGGAUGUCCCUCAAAUCUGGGUUGUACCAUCAAGCUUCGCGGUGCCUCAGAGUAUGAACUAGCCCGAGUUAAGGAUAUCAUUAUGAUGAUGGUGUUUGUAGCUUAUCACUCACGGCUAGAGAUUUCUUUCCUAAUGGAUGAGUUUGCGAUGCCUCCUAGCCUUUCUAAAAGCUCGUCCUUCCACUGCCUGCUGGAGAGUGCGGCUGAGGAAGCGGAAAAGGAGGUGGACAUGGAGAGCCAGGAGAACCAACCUGAAACAAAGGAGGAGCUUGCAGAGCUCCAUUUGGAAGGCGACUUUGACUUUGAGCCCGGGCUGCAGGAAAUAAUUCAAGGCCACAAUAGGCAGCAUUCUGCCUCUGAGUCAACUCUGAAGGAUGGAGAAAGUCCUAAAGUGAUCAGAAAUGACUCGCCCAUGUCUACAAUCGUGACAGAAGGGGAUGAGAUCAAGACCUCCACUCCCCUGUCUAGCCAGUCAUACCAGCCACUGUGUAUGUCCCCUCCUUAUCUCUCAUCUAUGGAGGAAAUCAUAGAGGAGGAGGUGAAUGACCAGGCUGAGGCGGUGAGAAGUAGAGAGGAUGAUAACACCUUGGUGCGAGGGAACAGCACCAGUUCAGAGACACCACUUGCUCCAAUACAGCUCUUCCGAGACCCCUUGCAAGAUGACAGCGGCAUGUUCGUGGCCGAGCAGGUGACUUCGGCAGAUGAUCGGCUCAAGUCCAUCUCAGCCAGCUUUAGACAGGAGUUGAAAGAUGUUAUCCUGUGCAUCUCUCCCUUUAUGACCUUCCGGGAACCCUUCCUGCUGACACCUCCUGGCCUACGCUGCCCAAGCCGUGACUACUUCCCCGAGCAGGUCUACUUCUCACUGCUCCUGAACAAGGACCUCAGGGAGGUCGACAGCCGCCGCAAGAGAAUCCUGCUCAAGGACACAAACUCAUCUAGCACUUCUCUGAGCAAUGGGUUAGGAACACAGCAGCGUCAAAUCCGUGUUUUGCCUUCCCAUAAGCUCACUACUACAUGCAUGACGCAGCAACUGAGCAGCAGUCAGGAUCUGGCCCGCAUGCUGGCAGACUACCGCGCUCAGGGGGGACGAAUCCAGCGAGACACUGAUCCGUUUGCUCAUCCCACACAACCUCCAAAUACAAAGGCACCAGUCAAGGCGGACGGUGAGGAGGAGAAAGGACCAGGGCAGAACGACAUGGUCUGGGCAACCAAGCUCGACUGCCUGAAUCCAUUAAACCACCAACGGCUGUGCGUGUUGUUCAGCAGCUCCUCAACACACUCCAACAACGCCCCCAACCACUGCGUCAGCCCUUGGAUUGUGACCAUGGAAUUUUACGGGAAGAACGACUUGACUCUUGGAAUAUUUCUGGAAAGAUACUGUUUUAGGCCAUCUUAUCAAUGCCCCAGCAUGUACUGCGACACCCCAAUGGUACACCAUAUCCGGCGCUUUGUGCACGGUAAUGGCUGCGUCCAGAUUGUUCUCAAAGAGCUCGAUUCACCUGUGCCCGGAUACCAGCACACUAUCCUGAAUUACUCCUGGUGCAGAAUCUGCAAACAGGUUACUCCAGUUGUCCCCUUGUCCAACGAUUCAUGGUCCAUGUCCUUUGCUAAAUACCUUGAGCUGCGUUUCUAUGGCCACCAGUACACUCGCCGUGCAAAUGCCGAGCCAUGCGGACACUCCAUCCACAAGGAUUACCACCAGUACUUCUCCUACAACCAGAUGGUGGCCUCUUUCAGCUAUAUCCCAGUGAGACUGUUGGAGAUCUGCCUGCCUGCUCCUAAGAUCAUCAUUAGAAACCAGGGCCCCAGUAAGACCCUUCUGCAACAGGACCUCAAAGACUUUGCACUGAAAGUGACUCAGGUUUACGCCGCCAUAGACGAUCGUCUCACUUCUCUUAAAACGGACACAUUUAGCAAAACCCGAGAGGAAAAAAUGGAAGACUUGUUUGCUCAGAAAGAUAUGGAGGAGGGUGAGCUGCGAAGUUGGAUGGAGAAGCUACAGGGGCGUCUGCAGGCCUCGACCGUGGACACGCCGCAGCAGCUGCAAGCUGUACUAGAGUCUGUGGUGAUAAAGAAGCAGAGCUUGUGUGAAACCCUGCAAUCUUGGAACAGCAAACUGCAGGACCUGUUCCAACUGGAGAAGGGCAGAAAACGUUUGUCUGUUCCCCCCAGUCCUGGGAGACACCGACAACCCACCAACGAUGACAGCAAGACAAGUGUCUUGGAGUCAUCGCCCCGCAACCCCUCCCCUGUGGUACAAAAUGGUGAGAAAGCAUUAGAGGAUCGCCACCUCAACACCCUGCCUUCAAGCACAGGAUCCUUAUCUUUUCCCCUACCGUCACCAGCAGAGCAGAGCUUAGAGGUCCCCACAUCUGGUCCAUCCUUCCAUGAUCAGGACUCUGAAGGAGAGGUGUUUGAUAGCCACCUGCAAGGCUCCAAUGACAGCCAGGUGAAGGAGAAGACCACCAUGAAAACCAUCCUGGCCAACCUGUUACCAGGAAACAGUUAUAACCCUAUUCCUUUACCUUUUGACCCAGAUAAACACUACCUAAUGUAUGAUCAUGAGCGUGUCCCCAUUGCCGUGUGUGAGAGAGAACCGAGCUCCAUCAUCGCCUUCGCUCUGAGCUGUAGAGAAUAUAAAACUGCUCUUGAAGACCUUUCAAAGAGUACACUGAAGACCUCUGGAGAGGAGAUCUCUCAGACCAACAGCUCUGGAGAGAACAAGGUGAAGAACAGCCCUGCCAAAGCCACCGAGGGCAUCACCUCUCAGCAUGGUCGCAGCAGCAUAGACGCAGAGCCACCCAAGGAGACUGAAGGCGGCGAGAAACAAAAGAAGCAGACGGGAAAUCCACACAUUGAACUGCAAUUCUCAGAUGCCAGCACAAAGUUCUACUGCCGCAUUUACUACGCAGAGGAGUUCCAUAAGAUGAGGGCGGAGGUAAUGGAGAGCACAGAAGAAGAUUUUGUUCGCUCGCUCUCUCACUGCGUCAACUGGCAGGCUCAAGGUGGCAAAUCAGGAGCGGUCUUCUACGCCACUGAAGAUGACAGGUUUAUUUUGAAGCAGAUGCCCAGACUGGAAGUACAGUCCUUCUUGGAUUUUGCCCCACACUACUUCACUUACAUCACUGGUGCAGUCCAACAGAAGCGGCCUACUGCACUUGCGAAGAUCCUGGGAGUUUAUCGUAUUGGCUACAAGAACUCGCAGAACAACACGGAGAAGAAGCUCGAUCUGCUGGUGAUGGAGAACCUUUUCUAUGGACGCAAGAUGGCGCAGGUGUUUGACCUGAAGGGCUCUCUGAGGAACCGGAACGUGAAGACGGAGCAGGGGAAGGAGAGCUGCGAGGUGGUGCUACUGGACGAGAACCUGCUCAAGCUGGUGCACGACAAUCCACUCUACAUCCGCUCACACUGCAAGGCCAGCCUGCGUGCCGCCAUCCACAGCGACGCCUACUUCCUGUCCAGCCACCUCAUCAUCGACUACUCGCUGCUAGUGGGCCGUGACGAUGCCACCGACCAGCUCGUCGUGGGCAUUAUAGAUUACAUCCGGACAUUUACGUGGGAUAAAAAGCUCGAGAUGGUGGUCAAGUCUACAGGAAUUCUUGGCGGCCAAGGUAAAAUGCCUACAGUUGUUUCUCCGGAGCUGUACCGUACCCGCUUCUGUGAAGCCAUGGACAAGUACUUCCUCAUGGUCCCGGACCACUGGACCGGACUGGGUGUGAACUGCUGAGUGCUGAAACUGUACUGGAUGCUACAGUAGACAAUCCACACUACCUGGAAACCUUUUGUAGGAAAUGAAGCCCUGCGUGGGGCAGAGAGCACACUGAGAACUGGAGAGAGUAGUUCACUUUUUAAAGCCGAAUGCACACGACCUCAUGCCGCACAGCGCACGUUUGAGUUUACUAGAAAUGUUAAGAUCACUGGGAUUCAAAAAAACGCCCUUCAGGACUGUCGCACUGAAAUAAAUAACAAGCUAGAUACCUGUAAUCCUGUUUAUGUAUUUAUAUAUAUAUAUAUAUUGAUUAUCUAAACUAUGGAUAAUACAAAGCUUUCGUAAAUGUACAGAGGUUAUGUAAUUAAAGAUUAUUAACACU